UCGCGAACGGCCGCGUACACACAGCAUCGUGACGGUGGUGUUCCACGUUUCUCAUUAACCAAAAAAAAGAACCGUCAUCCCCCAGUGAAUAACAUCUACGCACUUGACUCGUACGUAAGUGGUGUUUGGGUGAAACUGUACCUAUGAACCUGUCGUUCGGGAGGUGAGAGUGGGGUGGUGGUUGCGGUAAAACGUUCCACGAAUCGUUUCUUUCUGUUUCUUCGUUAUCUCGGAACUGGUGGCGAGGACACGAAGACAGGAAGUCGAGGGUGGUCGAUUUCUACGGAUCGGUCUGCGGUGAACGGUGCCGAAGGGAACGUGCGGAAGUAUGCGCGUGCUAUCGAUCACGGGGGCUGAUCGCGCGGAUAUGUGAUACCGGAAGUAGGCACGGCAGGCUUGACCUGCGUAGGUCAGGUGCUCGACGGGUGCGUAUGCGUUCGUAGGGGUGAGAUACAAAAGCAACGAAGGGUGCGCGAGAAGAGCCGCGUGUCAGGGCCAGUCGUGAAGAUGCACGCCACCGACGCCGUCGCCGCGACGGCGUCCUUGCCGUCAUCCACGUCGUCCAUCGGCAGGAAAUCGAAUCUGGCUGCCAGGAUUGUGUGCACCCUACUCGUGUAUUGCUGGAUCCUACAGGAUCAGCUGGCGAUCGGGAUGUCCGAACCACCGGAGCUCACCACGAUUGAGGACAUAAGUGAUAGGGGGACGAAGAAAUUUGGCGACGACUGCGUGGAGCAUCGUGAAUGCGGCUUCGACGGUUCAUAUUGCGAGCCAAAAAAGAAUAAAUGCGCGUGCAAGGAGGAAUUCGAGGCAACGAAUCAUAUCGACAAAUGUGGACACCCGGCGAACGUGAACGAGUCGUGCUUCUUUCACGCUCAAUGCGAGGCGAGGGUGAGCCAAACGGAAUGCAGGGACGGCCGUUGUAUCUGCAUCUUCGAGAAGAUCCCGGUUACGCAACCUGACGGUUUAAUAGUGUGCGUCGCCGAGCAGAAAGAAGAACCCAAUCUUCAAUACGUCGACCCGACGAUGAUCGGUGUUCUGGUUGGUAUGGCCCUCAUGUUCAUCAUCAUCUGCGUCGUCCUUAGGCUUUUCAGCAAGGCACGUUGGCGCGAGAAUCGCACUAUCUUCAAUACCCCGAAUGCCCGUUUGAUGAACGUAUCAUUGCUAAGGGAAAAUAAACUGUUGCACCCUCAGGAGAGACGUGGUUCAAGGGCAAGUGUACGGGUUCCUUCGAGGCAACCCUCGAUGGCCUCCUUACGUGCCCAUUCGCCAAACGCCUCGCAAGGUGCGAAACACUCUCAGCACUCACAGCACAGAGUGAGCCGGUCACGAACAGGAUCACGACGAGGGAGUCGAGGCAGCAGCGGGAACGCGUCGGCUGUUUCGACGAAAUCGAACAAAUCCCCGCCCAAUCAACCGAAUAACAUGACAGAGACCGUUCUGGAGAACGUCACCGUGGAGAUUCUCGAGGCCAAGGCGUAGAUCCGAGUCGUCGUUGCCCGAUUUUCCUUCAGCGACAACCGCGAGGACGACCGACACGGAAAAAGGAUCGUCCUCGAAGCGAUUUCGACUCUGUCGUAGAUCCAUUCUUUUUUUUUCGCCCUCGUUUCUAUUCGACGAUCAUUCGUUUCUCCCUCGCGUCGACGCGUCUGCGCUUUGAUACAGACUUUCCUGGGUCUAAUUAACCGCUAUUAUUAACCGUAGCCAUCCGAUUGCAACAAUAUUUUAUUAAGACACGGAAGAAAAACGGUAUUCACGAAUCGUACUUAAGAUAAUCAUCUUUACGUCCGAGUCGCGGCUGAGACCGCGUCCUCGAUAAUUUUCCAUUCUCGCGGAAUCGUGUUCGAUUUCUAUGAAGCAUCGUACGCCUGUAUGUAUUUUGUGAUUUUGAUAAAUUGCUAGGUGAGAAAGCACGAAACAUAUUAACGAGAGUAAGGAGAUAUCUUCUGAAUAUAUUUCAAGUAGCACCUCUCUCCUCAUCGUUUAAUAAGAUUCUUUCGAUUGAUUCUUAUAGAUCCUGCAGCAUGUAAGGUAAUCUUUUUCUACGAUAAAAGAGGAGAAUAUUGUCUUCGGACAAUUUCGAGACAAGAGUUUGUCUAUUCGUUUUCGCAAGAAAAUCUGGAGGCGAAACAUGGUAACGACGCGAAAGAUUGCAUUUCCCGAACUGGGAACCCCUGCAACGAGUUACGAUGUUUUUUCUGGACCAAAGGAUAGCGAAUCUUUCGCCUGUAACUUCGAUUCAUCGCUUCGAGCUAAAUCUAAUUAAUAAACUCGUAUUUUAUAAUAAUCUCAAAGUCCAAACGAUCGCUUUGACGAGCGGCGAUCCAUAGAUCGCGAGCUAACAAUCAACCGAAUGUUCCACGAGGAUAAUCCUUCGUUGCGUCUUUUAUCUCUAUCGAUUUUAUCCCGAAGUUCGAACUGGAACUUCAAUUUCGUUGUUUGAUCGACGACUUCGAAGUAGAGUUAAAAGACAAACGUCGACGUUCUAGGAGCAUUAUCGUAGAUUUCUCAAGUGGUCAGCUGGUCUGAUACAAAUCACACGGACGAAGAGAGAGUUUCAGAGGUGUGCUCGAAAAGCGUGCACGAUAUUCCGGGGUCCGGACGACCCAGCGUCGGUACUCGCAGAUCCCGACCCAAAGAGCCGACGGUUCUUGCCAAGAAACUAAAAACUGGUUAACGAGAAGCCAAAAGAAAUAAAAAAACAACACGAAAGGGACCAGACGAAAGUGUUUUGAACGGACAUCCCGAGGGUAACGCUGUACGCGUAGUAAACCAAUUAACGUUUAGCGUGAUAAUUAAGCAGCAUCGUAGCUUUAUCCGUUCCGCGAGCAACACGCUCGACUAAACGAUUAAUGGAUCGCGCAUGACGGCUUAGGCAACGAGAUAGUUACACGCUCGACGAAUCGUUUCUCAUCGAUUAUCGUUUCAAUGUUCAUUCGAACGCGUGUUAACCCUUUCGCUGCGAUUAUUGGCUAUAUCGAUACACUCAUUGGCACAGUCGAAAUUGUUUCAAAUAUUCAAGAUUGUUUGUUAUCUAUUGUUUUUUAAUGUUCAUUUAAAAAGAACCUCAUGAUGAUCUAACUCGUAAUCUGUCAUAAUUUGUCUUUAACUGUAACCUAACUUGAUCUAACCUAACCAGAAAACUUAACAUAACCUAACCAAAUGUAACAAACCUUAAUUGAACCUAACAAAAUGUAACAAACCUUAAUUCAACCUAACAAAAUGUAACAAACCUUAAUUCAACCUAACCAAAUGUAACAAACCUUAAUUUAACCUAACCUAAUUAAAUAAACCUUAAUGUAACCUAACCUAAUUAAAUAAACCUUAAUGUAACCUAACCUAAUUAAAUAAACCUUAAUGUACCCUAACCUGACUAAACAAACCUUAAUUUAUUCUAACCUAUCAUAACUUCAACCUAACAUAACCUAACCUUAUAUAACAAGUCUUAAAAUAACCUAACUCAAACCUGAUCUUCAGCUUCACCUAACCUAAUCUUAACCUUAUUAACCUAAUCUAACGUAACCAACCUUAUCUUAAUCCAACCUAACCCUAACCAAAGUUGACUUAACUUUAAAUAACCCUAACCUGAUCUGAGUCAGCGUUGCCUUAACCUAAAUAUUUUUCAUCUAAAUUUAAAAAGCAAGUAACGAAUGACCCACGAAAUUUCGAUGAACAUACGUCGCAGCAAAAGGGUUGAUAUUCUAAUCACUCAGAGAAGAGCGGGACGACGUUUCGUCGUUACUCAACGAAUUAGAUUUUCAUUUUCGAAUUUGAGUCUCGAGCCAAGGGAACAGUUUGCGCGUUAUUAAAGUUCGUUCGAUCGAUCGAAUUUUAAUGGACAGACGACGGAAAACGAAACGACACAGUCGCCUCGAGGGAUAUCACCGUAUAGAUAUAGAAAGAGCAAAACGCGUUGAACACGUUUCUACCUUAUUAAAGCCGCACAAGAUUCCGUUGUCAAAAACUAACUAUAAACCGUUUAUCUGUAUCUACACACACAUUACACUUCGAGAUCAUCUUCUUUGAAGAAUCAUCAUCAAAUAGUCCGGUACGAUUGUAUCUCAGCAAUUUAGUGCCUGCGCUCUCGCGUUUAAAUAGCGUUUAAAGAGAUGAGAUUAAUUAAUUAUAUAUAUAGAUACGUAUACACGUUAUAUCAGUACAAGAAGAAGAUAAAAUAUAUAUAUAUAUAUACAUAUACAUAAUACUAGGCUUGGCACUAUUUGCACUGUUUGUAGAUGACUUUUUUGGAAUGCCUAGCGACUGUAUCCACUCUGUGAUCUAUGUGCAACGUACAGCUAAUAGAUUCUUCUUGCUACCGUCGUUGUUAUUAUUAUUACACUUUAAUACUUAACGAGGAUAAUCGAUAGAUAUUAAUAACGUGUUAAGCGACUCGCUUAAUUAUUAUCGGUGCCGCACCUAGCGUACUCUAUGUAUCUCUUUGCACCCAUUGUUGACCCAUUUGUAAUAUCAACCUCUCAGUUGUAACAGGUAAUUUAGAAACAGCAUCUUUUAUUGCAGAGAUUCGAUAUAGAAGGCGUGCGAGUAAAUAUUAAAAUGAAAAAAAAAGAGGAGAUAAAUCGAGACAGGUGCGUUUGUGAACGAGCAAAUGUUUACUCAAUAAGGAUUUCAAGGGAGGAGGGAUCGAUCUCAUCCGCGAACGAAAUUCGGGGAAGGUUUCCGUUUCCGGAUAGAACGGUCCCUCUGUACCCGAUAAAUUAAGAUACGUUAACGAUUCUUCGAGUAUAUCUCAGCCGUGGAAAGUAAAUCGUUCGCUUAAGAUCUUUUAGGAUAAUCGUAGUGUUUAGAAGCGUGUAUCGUUAAGAGGCUUAUUAUCGAGUCGUUAGUUUCCCUCCACCCUUAAGAUACGAUGCACAAAGAUAACUCGAUGAAAGAAACAAGCAGGGUGCCUCGUCUUUAUCACUCAAAGACACUCGCUCACUUUUGUAACACCUCUAUUCUAUACGUAGAUAAUUGCUGCGAGAUCGAUUUCAUUUCAUCCCCAACGAGGGAUUUAUCGAAUUCUUCAUUUUAAGCUGUAUCAUCGCACGUACAGAUUUCUUCGAGUGUUACGUCGAAGUUACUUCGAAACACGAACAAAACGAGAUCUUUAAAAUGAUUGUCGAGGAGCAAUUUUCUCGGAGAACCUCGUGAACGAUGCGGUAAUCCAAAUAUGGGGAAGUGUUUGGAUUAUUCGUCGUUCCCGCGACAGGUUUUCCUAUGGAAAUGUCGAUUUUUACUUACCUGAAUUCUCUCUGUGUGUACAAUGUAACCGACUACGGUUACCGUGACCAUUUUUAAUAUCUCCAUGGUAUUUUAAUCGACGACGUCCGAAAACGCGAAACAAUAUAACCGACAACUUUCGCCAACAACGAUGGAACAUCCCGAAAUCAAAAUUAGACAAUACCUUGUCGAUGGAGUCCCAGAAAGACGAAAGGAUUUUCGAUCCUGCGGGACAAUGUUCGUCAGUGCUUUAUCGAAUUAUACAGAUCAUCAUCCUUAUAAAAAACGAUCCUUUGACUACCGAGUUUCGCGAUUUUGUAAGUUUCUUCCUACACACCCUUUCGAAUCCAGCACAAAUGUCGUUGAACGAUCGUGCGACGAGAGUAUCGUUCGAUCGGUAUCCUUAGGGUCAAGUCUCUUCUAGACACGUAACGUUGUUAAGGAAUUAUUAAUGUAAUCACCGACACAGCUUGCUUGUAAGGAACUUAUAGCGUGAUCGAGCACGAUUAAGCUUUCUGUAGGUUAAAUUAAUGUUAAGGAGAAACGUAGAAGUUUCGUCUGAUCGCAUUUUGUGCUUAAUUUCAAUGAUCCGUCUAGGAAUGUUCGGCCACCGAUCCGUAGACGGUUCAACGCGAAACAUUGUGAUUCGAUUUAGCGUAAUUAAAAAUAAAGAUUAUCGUACACUCGUCUCGAGAUAUUGCGUAUUUCUAUAUGUACUGUACACACAAACGAUGUAUUCGUAUAACGUAGUUGGCUUCAAAGGAUCGCGUAAGAUAAGGUUAAACUCUCUACGAUUACGCGCUACGUUGUAAAACUUCUUAAGAUGUAUCUAACGCAAGGGUAUCUAGGCAAUUGGAAAUUAACGGAGACGUACAUUUCAAAUGGGGAUUCGAAAGAUUUAAAUGAACUCGCGAGAGAAACUUGAAUAGCGAAUAGAAAGUUUCCUAGCUACAGCGUGGAUGGAUGCGGACAAAUUGUAUGCGAGUCUCUCAUUUUUCAAUUUUCAAUAUUUUAUAAUGUCCGGUAUGUAACGAAAGUGAAUAUCGUUGAACUUUUGGCAAUAUACUACCCAACACUAUUUUACUAGCGGCUUAGCCUACCUUGUAAUCUUUAUAUUAUUAUACAUUUCAUAUUAUAGCUUGUAACGGAUAAAUUAAUGAUCUAUAACGAUUGUAUUUAAAACUUAAUUAUAUUCUGAC